AUGAGUCUGCUGGUGCCCAGCGCGGCGCCCCACGAGGCGUGCAUCGGCACGGUCCUCGGGCAGCUGGAGGCCCAGUUCAUCGCGGCUGGCGGCCAGUCGGAGCUGAAAGUCGUGUUCACGAAUGAGCUCGACCAGCUGGUCUUCGGCUCGGCGGCGGGCGAAGCGGCCGAGGGGAGGAUGGGCACCGGAUUGCGUCGCCGCCCGCAGCCCGUGGACAAGAAGACCCCUUGGCGCAGGGAGGCGCAGGAGCCGACCAGGGACAAGCUGCGGGAGCCGAUCCUGCAGAAUCGCCAGGAGCUCGAGAACGCCGAGAAGGAGGGCGUGUCGGAGCCUGCAGCCGAGGCCUGCUCUGCGGCUUCGGAGGCCACCGCGGAGACGGCCCCAGAGGCGGAGAAGGUCAAGAUCUGGCGGUGUCUGGACCUGAUGUGCAACUUCAAGACCUUCGGGCUACCCUACGGCCACGUUGGUGGCGGUGGCUCGGGCUCUGACGUGCACGAUCUCGACGACGAGGAGGAUUUCACAAGCCGCAUCCUUGACCUGCCUUCGGUGCCGCCCUGGCCCUCCUUCGCUGUCAAUCAGGACGUUGGUGCCAAGAUGGCGAUGAGUUGA